AUGUUGGCAAGUCGUUUGAGAGGUCCCAGGCUGGUCAGACAGGGCAAAUGGGCAGGGGAGAGAGCGAGAUCGUGCAGACGAGACGCAGACAGCAGGAGACGUACUCUGAGUCGUUUGAGGUUAGGUCCAAGGACUAAUGUGCUUGAAAGGCUAGGCCCACAGUCCAAUGUCCAUGCUCGCUUGGGCCCACAAGGAGCUCGAGUUCGUGAGCGGUGGCAUGACGAGCGCAACAAUCGACGCCCACCAGCUAGCUUGAGGACCAACACGCGGCAGCAAGCUGUAAAGGGAUCCUCCCAAGCUCAACCUUCUCAUCUGCCUCGUGGGCAGGGAAACCAAGGGGAUCGACCCUUUUGA